GCCCGGAUAUCGUGCAUGGAACUAAGAGUCGCUCUGAUUUUCAAACAAAAAGUAAAUGUCCCGAAGCAAAGACGCACUUUCUGUAAGAAGUGCAAAGUGCAUAAACCUCACAAAGUAACACAGUAUAAAAAAAGUAAAGAACGUCAUGCAUCACAAGGUAGAAGACGUUAUGAUCGUAAACAACAAGGUUUUGGUGGACAGACGAAACCUAUAUUCAGGAAGAAGGCAAAAACCACCAAAAAGAUUGUCUUAAGGAUGGAAUGUACAGAAUGCAAAUAUAGGAAACAAAUCCCUCUUAAAAGAUGUAAACAUUUUGAAUUAGGAGGUGAUAAGAAAAGAAAGGGACAAAUGAUUCAAUUCUAGGAUUAUGUAUGAAGUUAUGUAUGUUAACUUUCUAUGUGUAUUUAAUAAAAAAUGAAAUAAAUCUUCUGGAAUUUG